AUGGGAGCUAUUUUGAUGUGGUUUUUGUGGAAUAGAAGAAACGAUAUGGUCUUUAAUGGCAAGGAUACCUACCAUCCUGUCAUAAUUGAUCGAGUUUAUCGCCUAGCAGCUGAUUGUAACUCCUAUGCUAAGAAAAUCUAUGGGGGUGUCACGAAGAAAUCUAGCAGCAGUCCUAAAACCUGGAAAGCCCCACCCGAAGGCACAAUAAAGUUUAAUUAUGACGCUUCUCUCACUGUCGAAGGGUGGGUGGGAUUAGGGGUUAUAGCCAGAGAUUGGAGAGGGGAGAUACUCUUCGCAGCAACUCUUCGUGUUAGAGCUCACUGGCCACCGCUCAUUGCUGAAGGUAAAGUUGCUGCCAUGGCAAUUAAGCUCACAAAAAGCCACAACCUGCAUGAUAUUAUAAUAGAAGGCAACUGUCAAGUGCUCAUCAACAAACUGUCCAAGGCCUUGACUUUCUUCACCGAUCUUGAUAACAUCCUAGAUGAUAUUCUUGCUUCUUGUGUCUCUUUUAAUUCCGUUAAUUGGUGA